UGCUAGAGCUUGUGUUGUUCACUUCCUGGAGAGAGAGAGGAGGACGGAGAGAGGAGAGAGAAAGAGAGAACAAGGAAACCAACAAGGAGGAUGAGAAAAACAACUGGAACUGUAGCAGAAAGACCCAGAGAAGCUGAGGCUGUGGAAGUAAGAUGAAUUGGGAACUGUAGAGACAGACCACUUCAAAGCAUGUGAUCAUUAUUUAGUUACAAUGUAAAGGUGGUUGUGUAUGGGACUGGUUAGAAAGCAAGAACAAGAAACACAAAGACUAAUAGAGAGUUCUGAAAGCACUGUGCUCAGGUUCAUGCACCAGUGAUAUAGUGAGGUCACUUAGAGGAAUUUACCCAGGUUGGUGUUUUAAUUUAUUCUCCCCUCUCUCUCUGACAUCUGGAGUUGCGCAGCACUUCCUCCGUCUGACCCCCCUUUGGUAGGGGGCCAUCCAUUUUGAUCUUGCAUCUGUAUGACAACCCUCAGGGGACAUUAGCACGUCGUACCUCGGGUACGAGGUUUUUCCGCAAUCAUCUCUGCAUCUGCUACAAAUGCUUGUUGUCUUUAGUGGAGUUUGCAGACAUCAGCUGAACUUCCCAAAGGGGUGUUGCCUUUGCCUUAUAAGGCGAAAUCAACCGAGUGGAAAAGUAUUUGAAUUUGUGGUGGUACUGCUACAUUGCCUUCUCACGUCUGCUUAGUCUGGAACUGGUGCUUUGCUCCACUCUUGGUUCCUCUUCUUGGAAGUGUCUGUGCUGAGAAUGGUCGUUGGAAAACAAUAGCAGCUUUUAUCAGUGGGGUGUGUAGCAUGCAUAUGAUUGCAGAUGAAAAUGAAAGUUCUCACAAGUGAGUGCAGCUCACAAAAGGAGGAGGUGACAGAUACUGGACCUGGAUCUGCCCUCGGGUCAAAUACGCAUCCUGAGGAGGCCUGUUUUUGAAACACUCUCUGUUCAACAUAUGCUCAUGUGAAGUCAAAAACAUUAGAUAGUGGAAACAAGGCUCUUGGAUGCUGGAUCUGACUUUACUUGCUAAGCUUCAAAGAAGGUUGGAUGAAAUGUGAAAGCAUCACACUGAAAAGAGGGGGAGAUGUCAGUGUGGACCUCUAAUUUUAGUGUCAUUGAAGAUAACUGGUGGAGACAAAAAACAAUAUGAGACCGUUUUUGUUUGUGUCCUCUUACCUGGCACAUUCUAUUCUCUAACUUGGAUCAACCACCCAGAAACAUCAGUUUUGUCUGUAUUCUGGAAAUUACAGAGCUGGGACGCUCAUUUUUUGUGCUACAUCACCAUGACAGCAGCAUCAUGGUAUCAUCGGGACAUCAGUCGCGUGCAAGCAGAAGAGCUGCUGGCUCAUGCUGGGAGAGAUGGCAGCUUCUUGGUGAGGGACAGCGAGUCUGUACCCGGAGCUUAUGCCUUGUGUCUGCUGUUUCAGCAACAUGUUCACACAUACCGAAUCCUCCCUGAUGCAGAUGGAUUACUGGCUGUGCAGGCUACACAGGGAGUGCAGGUGAACUGUUUCCGUAAUCUUGGUGAUUUAGUUGCUGGGUAUCAGCAUCCCCACAAAGGUCUGGUGGCCCCUUUGAUUUACCCUGUUGUGUGUGACACAGAGCCCAAUGAUGAGAGUUCAGGUUUUCUUCUUGAUACAGAUGGUGAUGAUGAGAAGCCAAGUUCAACAUUCGCCUCUCCACCCCGAGCAAUGUCCCCUACAGGCCACCCUCCACCUUCCAGUUCAGCAGCUCCUCAAUUGCUGCUGCAGAGGCUUGAGGAGCUCAGCCCAACUAGUGUAGGCUGUGAGAUCAUUCCAUUACUGGAUGAUUAUCUGCAUGGUCAUGUGUUUAUGGACCUGGAAAAUGUGAAAAAAGGAGCAUCAGGACUGCAACACUUCCAGUGCAUCCUCAACCGUGCCUGCAACAGUCUCCACAGCGAGAUUGACCAGACACUGUUCAGUUUGGAGACUUUGGCGAAAGUUUUUGAUCAUCCUGGUGGCCACCUCACCUCCACUAUGCAGAAAACAGGGAAGAGCCCUGAAGAAAACAUGGAUAAUCUACUUCACAAGCUCACUACUUUAUGCAACCUAUUGUCUUCCCUGGAGAAAAGGGUUCUCACAGCUUUGCAAGAGGCUGUAACCAGUCACAACUUAUCUUUGCAACCAGUGACUCCUCUAGAAGCCAUCACAGCUCCAAAAAAACAGGCCAGGCCUAAUCCUGUGCACAGCUUUCAGGUGAAAGAUGUCAGGUAUGGCAGGCAAAAAGUGUCAGCAGACAUAGAUGCAGGAGUACUGCUAUUUGACAAGAAGUCUGGCUCAUUUGGUGUGGAGACUGUCACACACGACAGGAUUGUGAAGGUGGUAAAGUUUCAGAGAGGUCCUGCCAAGCUGAAGAUGGUCGUGGACAGUCAUCACAACCCUCCGAGAGAACUGGUCUUUGAGAACAUAAAGAAACGAGAAGCCUUCUGUCGGCUGCUGCAGCUUAUGAAAGCUGCUCACUCCCAGCAGUCUAAGCUUGACAUCAUCUCUGUGUUUGUGGGCACCUGGAACAUGGGGGGCACCACUCCAUCCGGUUCACUGCAGUCCUGGUUUACUUGCUGUGGUCUGGGUCUCACCCCAGAUGAGUCCAUUGCCUCAGUGCCUCAUGAUAUCUAUGCAGUGGGCACUCAGGACAACCCGCAGAGCGAGAGAGAGUGGGCUGAUAAUAUCAGAGCCACACUCUGGAAUGCAUCCAAUAUUGACUUUAAACAGGUGGCAGUGCAGUCCCUUUGGAAUAUCAGACUGGCUGUGUUUGUGAAGCCAGAGCAUGAAAGAUGCAUCACUCAAGUAAACACAGCUAGUGUAAAAACUGGCUUAGGAAACACACUUGGAAAUAAGGGUGCAGUAGGUGUUUCUCUCCUCUUUAAUGGUACCUCAAUGGGCUUUGUGAACUGCCAUCUGACUUCUGGUAGUGAUAAAGCACUCAGGAGGAACCACAAUUUCCAGGACAUCCUCAGGCUGUUGUCUCUUGGAGAAAAACAGUUCAGCACUUUUGACAUUAGCCUUCGUUUCAGUCAUCUCUUCUGGUGUGGAGACCUCAACUACCGCCUGGACCUUGAUGCACAAGACAUAUUAAAGCAUGUUUCCAAGCGAGAAUUUGAGGAGCUGAUGUGUGCAGACCAAUUGACCAGAGAGCGACAUAGAAGAAAAGCCUUUUUUAACUUUGAGGAGGAGAAGAUUUUGUUUCCACCCACCUAUCGGUAUGAACGUGGUUCUAGAGACUGCUAUCUAUGGCAGAAGUACAAGUCUAGUGGAAUGCAAGUCAAUGGGCCUUCAUGGUGUGACCGAGUUCUGUGGAAGUCCUACCCAGAAUCUCACAUUACCUGUACCUCGUAUGGUUGCACAGAUGACAUCUUCACCAGUGAUCACUCUCCUGUUUUUGCUACUUUUGAAGUGGGUGUGAUAUCACAGUUCACAAGAACAGAUUCAGGUUCAGAGCGAGCCAGCAUUGAGCUAGAGGCGAUUGAGGCCAUAGUGAAAACUGCUAGCAAGGCCAAGUUUUUCAUCGAAUUCCACUCCCGCUGUCUUGAAGAGCCUCACCGUUCUGCAGAGAAUGACUCCCAGUGCUGUGAGGUGGCAGGGUUUCUUAAACUUGGCUGGUCUUCUAAGCAGUUCCCCAAGCUUCACCCAGUUUCCUCAGAUUUAGAGCAUCUCCGGGAUCAGCACUUGCUAUUUUCUGUGAAGUCAUGUGAUGGCUUUGAGUCAUAUGGUGAGUGCUGUGUGGCUCUUCACUCGGUAACAGAUAAAUGCUCAGAAUCAUUUCAGACAUGCUUGACUCACAGAGGGGAAGAGAUGGGCUCUAUUAGAGGACGAAUUAGGGUCCAUGUACCACCAGACCGCCGAAGGAUCCGGGAAAGGAUCUAUGAGUGGCUCUCUGUUGAGAAGGAUGAGAAGGAACUGAUGAAGGACCAUUUGUUUCCACCCUCCUCCUGUGCAUUGCCUGCUCAAGCUCCAUCAGUCUCACACACCACAGCCCCAAACAGCUACACCAAUCCUGCUUACUUUAUCUUUGAGGGGGUGCCUGUGUUGCGGAGGGUGGAAGAGAUUCCCUCGCCCUGCAAGGAGUCCCAAGAAGUGUGGGCUGAAGACACUGUGAUAAAGCUCCCUAGAGUGACAGGAGGCUACAGCCAUGGCAAAAGGUCUGCUCUGAGGUCAGACUUCACAGAGAUUGAGAUUCCUGGCUCUCUAGCACCCAACAAACCUUUUUGUGAGAGUUCAAGUGAAUUGCCAUUGCCUGCUUCCUCUUAUCAGCUUUUUCCUGAACCAGAUGUCCCUAAUACAUCGCAAAACCAGAGACAGGGCACUUCCUCAAAACAAUACUUACAGUUACAGUCCCUUAAGAACAGUAUGACACAGAAUUCAGUAUUAUCAGUAAAAAAACUCACAAAUUCUUCUUAUAUGAACCAUUCAAUUUUUUCCCGGGAAAUACAGAUGCCACUAAAGGAAAAAGUCCAAAAGGACUAUCACAGGCUCCAUGAAGGCCAGCCCAAGCCAAUGAGAAAAGGUCCAAAGCUCUACCCAAAUAUUUCCACUAGGGUUCCAAUCCGUGAAUCCUCAGCUCCCUGGGUAAUUGAGCAGCUAACUGCAGCUUCAGGAGACAACUCACUUACAGCCCUUCAAAUUGCAAAAUCACUAAGUGAGGUGGAUUUUCAACCCGUAGAUAGGAAAUACCAUUUUCAUCAAAUUUCAUCUCAGCAAAAGCAUCAUGGGUAUGAUUAUGGUUUAGCUAAUGAGAGAAACUACUGUUGGGAGAAAGAGGUUUCUGUCUUGCAUGGAGCCCCAGAAACAGUGCGAGAGCUGCUUAGUACUCUUGGUCUGCAGCGCUACACUCUGGGCCUCGCCCACAAUGGCUGGGAUGAUCUUGAUUACUUCAGUGGUAUUACCGAGGAGGAGCUGUGUGCAGCAGGUGUGUCCAACCCAUCUCACCGACGAAGAAUCUUGGAGAACCUGCCCAAGAUUUGGGACUGAACACAGAGACUGGUUCACUAUCAGGUUAUAAUGUAUUGUUCAGGAGAUUUUUUAUGAAUGAUGAGAUAAAAUUUUGCCUCAAUUAUUUUUUUUCUUGCUCGAUUUCAAAAGUUUACAUUUCAUUUGUCAUUUCAUUUGUAAUAAAGUUGUAUGCUGUAUUAA